AUAUAGAUAUAUAGAUAGAUGACAGAUAAUAGAUAACAGGUAAAUAGAUGAUGAUGGUGAUAGAUGAAUGAUAGAUUAGAUAGACAGAUGAUAGAUAGAUGACAGACAGAUGAUAGAUAUGAUGAUAGAUACAUAGAUAAAUAGAUAAAUUAGAUAGAUAGAUAAUAUAUUAGACCGAUAGAUGAUAGAUAGAUAGAUAGAUAGAUAGAUAGAUAGAUAGAUAGAUAUCAUACUUUCUUUAUCCAGUCUAGAUUGAGCAUCUAGACUGGCUCCAUAGCUGAGUACUGUGCACAGUGCCUCAGUAAACAUGGAUGUGCAAGCAUCUCUGUGGUGUACUUACUUAAAGUCCUUUGAGUAUAUAUCCAGGAGCAGGAUAGCCAGAGCAUUUGACAACUCUUUUUCGAGUUUUUCGAAGCCCCUUCAUACUGAUUUCCAUAGUGACUACACUAAUUUACAUUCCCACCAACAGUGUGUAAGGGCUCUAUACUCAGGGUAUCCUUGCAGCAGCUACUUUGUGGUUUGUUUUUCUCAAUGGUAACCAUUCUGACUGAGGUAAGAUGUAUCUCAAUGCAAUUUUGAUUUACAUUCCUUGAUGACUGAAAAUAGUGAACAUUUUAUUCAUGUAUUAAUUGACCAUUUGUAUAAUUUUUCUCUUGAGACUUGUCUGUAUAGUUCAUUUGCUUAUUUAUGUAUUGAUUGUUUGGGUGCUUAAUCUUAGAUAUUAAUCCCCUGUCAGAAUAACUAGCAUAGGUUUUUCUCACAUUCAACAUGUCAGUUUUCUAUACUGAGCAAUUCUCCAGCUCCACAUGGACUCCAGCUUGGUCUCUUACAAUUUAAUUCAGUUCUGACACAAACUACCUCAAGGCAAGCACAGAACCCAUAGCGCAGUUCCAUGAAACUGCCUCCCACAUCAGAAGCUAAUCAAAGCCGGUGAAUGAUAGGUUACUCAACUCUCUGACAGAGGUAAAGCAGCCAUUUCAAUGACCUUUCCUCAGGACUGACCACUUACUGCACUAGGUCACAGAACUCAGAGAACCACUUCAGGUUAAUUUGAAAGGAUGUUAAAAAGAUAUGGAAAUAAACAACUAAAUGAAAGGAUCAGGGCAAGGUCCAGACAGCUCCUGGAAACAGCUGAGUCUGACCUUGUUAAACUGAAGUGUAGCCUCCCAGCACUCGGGUGUGUUCACCAACCUAGGUCUCCAGACCCCCAAACUAGAGAGAUACAAUAUGGAGAAUCAUUACAACAUAGGCAUGAUGGGCAGGCACAUCAGUUGAAUUUCCAACCCUCAUCCCUCCCUAAAAGAUAGUAAGGGAAACUGAGAGCUUUGAGUCCCCGCUCAUGGCAUGGUCUCUGGGGACCAAUUGUGCUGCGUCCUGCUGAAACUAUUAGAAACUCCAUCAAGUUGCCUCAGAAGAACAAAAUUUCUCCUAUACCCUAGAGUGUUCAGGGAUUAAGGAGCUCUAUGUAUAUCAUGCUCAUCAUUCAAAAAAUAACAGUCAGGGGUGCUAUGCUAGGAACCAGAAGCUGAGACCAAAUGUGUAUGUUUUACUAUGCCAGAUCCCACAGCUUUUACACUACAAGGACCAAGAAACUCGAAUCAGGAAAUAAAGGUGAAACAGUGCAUCGAACUAUCCCUUCCCUAAGGAGCUUUUGUACAGUGGGUCACAAUCCUUGAAGGAGUUGUUUUAGUUCUAAUUGUGCUGUGUUUAUUAUUUCAGUUAGACAAUAGAAGAGGAACUGUAGGUGCCCAGUCUUUAACUUAUUGUUACAUGAGAUGGUUUAGGGCUGUAACUCCGGGGAAUUUACGCAAGGCAACUGUUUUGAUGAUUAUAGCAAGGAAUACCACUUCUCCUCUGUUUCACAUUGGGAAACUUCCACUGCAGCAUAACAGCUUGAAGUUUAAAUUUAGUGGCACCUCCAUGUGUAAGGUACCACAUUUAAAUGUACCAAGAUUCCACAUACAGCUGUUGCUUGAGCAGUAGUAUUAAUUAAGCCCACAAAAGUUUGCUGAUUGAUAUGAGUCAGCAGAUGUUAAAAUUAAUUUAGAAUCAACCUAUGUUACUGAGGUGCAAAGCUAGCUGGUACCCUUUUUUUAUUUUUUGAUGGAUGAUAAUUGUUUAGUAAAUUUUGGGUUUCCAAUAUGAUCAUGUAACUUUUUAAAAAUUAUGAGUACUUUGUGUGUGAGGCAGAGCCUCCAUUCAUAUGUAAGUUCUUUCUCAGAGUCUCCAAUCAGGAUCGUCACCAGGAUGUCACCUCCCUGUGACAAUGGCUGUUCUACAAAGUCUAAGGACCCUCUGUCUUACAUAAUGCUUAAUUCAUGUCUCAGCUUCCUGUUUGCUAAGAUGUGACUAUGCUGAAUGACAGCCUUCCACAGACGGCCACUUCAGCCACCAACCCCUCCUUGCUAUGAAGCGGUGAGAGGGGAUGAGAUCCUCCCUCCCUGUUUAAUCUGUCACACAUUUUUGUCACAAUGAAGAGAAACGUAACUGAGGCCAUAUUAAACAAAGCAUCAGUCUUCUGAGCUUGCUACAGAAUGAAACCAACACCCAGGUUCUCCGCAAGGUCAGUUCCUCCUUAAAGUGACUCUCAGCUGUGGCUUGCUCCACACUCACCUGUAUUAGUUACUUUCCUGUUGCUGUUAUAGAACACCAUGACCAGAAGCAAUUUAAGGAAGAGAGGGCCAUUUGAGUGUAUGGUUCCAGAGGAAGAGUUCAUGGUGGUGAGAAAGACAUGGCAGGGUGACAGAUUCAGGAAGCCGUGAGAGAUGGAGACAGAGACAGACACAGACACAGAGAAAGACACAAAACAAGUAGCCAAGUGAGAUUAUAAAGCAAAACAAACAAACAAACAAAAAACCUUAUGAUGUAUUUCCUCCAGCCAGGAUUAACUUCCCGAAGGUUCCAUAACUUCCCCCAAACACCACCAAAAACUGUGGCUCGAGUGAGCAUGGACCCAGAAGAGCAUUUCUUAUUCUAACCACCACAUUGUUGUAUUCAUACUGAGUUGAGUGUCUUGCUUCUAGAAUCUGUAAUAGAGGCUUCAUCAUAUUCAGCAAAUGCAGCAAUAAGCAGCCUAGCUCCAAAUGCAGGCUAGCAUAGAGGUGGCAUCACAGCUCAUAAAAGAGAUGCUCAUUAGCCAGGAGGCAGCAGUUCAAAAUACAAGUUCAUGAGAAGUCAGCAGGACCAAUUAGCAAGGCAAAAUAAGCCCUAGGGUGUGCUGAUAUUUGCUGAAACCCAUGCUUGCAGAUACCAAUGGCUACCACACUAAAUGACUAGCUGUAAUAUUUACAUAAAAUUGGUUCAAAUGUGGAUGGGUGAUGCCAUACCUGGAGGGAAGGAGAAAACUACUGAAAAAAAUAGGGCUUGCUGGGGAGAUUCAGACACACUCUCAAGGAGGUACAUAAAUGGUUUGAAAGAUCAAGGUGACGCCAAUAUUAAUGGAGACUGUGCAAGAUCCAUCAUACAUUUAAUCAAAUGGAAGACAUGAAAGGAACAGGGAUGAGUAUGGACUUGAAAGCUGCUGCAAAUAUCAAAAGUGAAAUCAGGCUUCAGUACAGGCAUUAAAGUGAGAAGUGUCUCUGUAGGCGCCUUCCUCUGAACUGAAACACUCACUCCAGAGGGAAGAGGGGAGGCUGCGCAAACUCAGGAGGUAACAAGAGUCACAAGUCUGGGAACCCUGAAGCUUGCAAGGUUCCCCAGGACCUCUCCCCAGGGCUGUGGAAGCCGUAAGCAACCGCUCAAGAGAGACUGACGAGCAAGCUGUAGAGAGGUCUCUGUGACUGUGGACUCCUGGGCAAGCCAUGCAGAGAGCUCCAGGGAUGAAGCCUGGUGAUGAGGCCCCUCUUGAGUCAAUCCUUGUUCCUGCAAAGAACACUUCACUCCUGUUAGUGACCCCAGUAAAACUCAGUGCUUCACCAAGUUGGACUCUGGUACAAUCAUUACUUAAGUCUGCUAUGGGUUCCUUUUCUAGGGUGAGUACAUGUAUGUUUUACACCUCCCUAGGAAAUAUUUGUCUCACACACACAUACACACACACACACACACACACACACACACACACACACACACACACACACACACCAUUGUCUCUCAUUGAUUGCGCCAGUUUAAAACCUAAUGCAUGUGUUUUUGAUGAUUCUUGCUUUCUCAUUCUCCUUACUGGUUGAUACGUUUUCCUUCCAGAGUGUUGAAAUCUGCCAGGCUUGGCAGCACAGUCCUGUACUCACCCCAGCACUUGGCAGUGCGUAGUGGCUGAGUCACUCUGGAGUAUAAGAAACCGUCAGUGCUCAGUCCAGAAGGUGAGCACUAGAGACGGAGAGGCUCUCGGUUCUGAACCUGCCAGAAGCAAAGAUGGAGCAAGUUAGCCUCGCCACGAAAACACCCAGCAAUGUCAUCACAUGCAAGGCAGCUGUUGCCUGGACAGCAAAUGCCCCUCUGUCCAUUGAGGAGGUUCAAGUUGAUCCACCAAAGGCUGGCGAGGUUCGAAUUAAGAUUAUAUCCGCCGGGAUCUGUGGUACUGAUAACCACAUCCUGGAAGGGAAAAACAAAGUACCGCUUCCUGCCAUCUUGGGCCAUGAAGGAGCUGGGAUUGUGGAGAGUGUCGGACAAGGCGUAACUACCUUAAAGCCAGGAGAUAAAGUCUUAACGUUGCCUCUUCCGGAAUGUAGAGAAUGUGUCUAUUGCCUCCACCCUAAGGGCAACUUCUGUAAGAAAGAGAAUAUUCUCUCUCCAACUGGAUUAAUGUUGGACGGAACCAGCAGAUUUACCUGCAGAGGGAAGAAAAUCUAUCAUCUUUACGGGACCAGCACAUUCACAGAAUAUACUGUGGUAGAUGAAAUUGCCCUGGCGAAAAUUGAUGCUGCUGCUCCUAUGGAUAAAGUCUGUAUCUUAGGCUGUGAGGUGGCGACAGGCUUUGGAGCUGUGUUUAAUACAGCACAGGUCACCCCUGGCUCCACCUGUGUGGUGUUUGGACUCGGAGGGAUCGGCUCUGCCAUUGUCAUGGCCUGCAAAGCCUCUGGUGCUUCUAGAAUCAUCGGGGUUGACAUCAAUGAGCAGAAGUUUCCCCGGGCAAGAGCCUUGGGUGUCACUGAUUGUCUCAACCCUAACAAGCUGGAGAAACCCGUCCAGGAGGUGGUGAUGGAAAUGACCGGUAUUGGUGCUGAUUUUGCAUUCGAGGCCAUCGGCCUCAUUGAAACCAUGGUCGCAGCUUUGAAGUCAUGCGUUGUGAGCUACGGGGUAUGUGUGAUUAUGGGAGUAGCUCCCACAGGGUCACAGCUCUCAUUUGACCCAGCGGUGCUUCUCCCCGGGAGAACCUUGAAAUCUUCUGUUAUGGGAGGGUAUAAAACCAGAGAUGGCAUCCCUAAACUAGUAACUGACUACUUACAAAAAAAAAUCAACACAGAUGCUCUUAUAACCCAUAAGCUGCCUUUUGAUAAAGUCAAUGAAGCAUUCAAAUUGUUACGAGAGGGAAACUGCAUCCGCUGCGUCCUCACGCUCUAAGACUCCGACAAUGGUGGCAUAUUAGCAUCCUCAGCAGGGCCCUGUGGUGCUUCUUUACCUCCUUGAAGAUUAAAUUGCAA